CGUAUCGAAAAUGCGAAAACGAAACGCUAUUGAUAUUUUUCUUAAAAAAUGGCAGCCUUUAUGUCGUAAGCUUUUCUUUUCUAGUAAUGAAAAGUUUUUAUUAACAAUCUACAUACAGUUUAUGAUGCAAAUAGAAGCAAUUCAGAUGAACAAUCGGUUUAACAAGAAGGACAUAUAGAUAUUACUAAUCGGAGCAACAAUGAGCAGUAUAUAUGUAGAGGCGUAGACAUUACAGCAUUUAUGCAAAUGUUGAUCGGCUCCGCCGAAGAAAAGGCGAGUGGUUCCGUACGAGCUUUAGAAGAAAAAGUGGAGAUGAGUGACAGCGCCGGGGCCGGAGCGGUCAGCGAGCCGCGUGGGGGCUCCGCGGUCAUGGAGCGCGAGCUGGAGAAUACGCGGCGGCUGCUGUGGGGCGAGCAGGUCAAGGAGGAGGUGUUCCGGCGCUGGGCGCAGGGCUUCACGUUCAGCGCCGACGAGCCCAGCGCGCUCACGCAGCAGGAGGGCGGGCCCUGCGCCGCCAUCGCGCCCGUGCAGGGCUUCCUCCUCAAGAUCCUCCUGUCGGAGACGCCCGGCCACAGCCUGCGCGACCUCACCUCGGAGAAAUGCAACUCCCUUCUUGUACGGGCCGUGUGUACAAUACUAAGCCAGUGUCUAGCGCCUAAGUAUAAUGUGGCGGUGUACCAACGAAAAACCGAAACAGAAGCUGAAUCCAGCUCGGCUAGUGCCACUGAAGAGACAGAAACCUUGGACCAGUUUCAUCGGCGAAUCGAAAUUCACUCUUUCCAAGGAUUGUCAGAGGUAGAGGCAUUCUACACUAGAAACAUUCGUGUUUUGAAGGACAAGUAUGGAGUGCUACUUCUGUUGUAUAGUGUGAUUCUCAGUAAGGGAGUUGGUGUUGUGGAAGCAGAGCUGUCAGAGUUGUCGGACCCACUCAUACACUCCACAUAUGGAUAUGGGUCACAGGGACUGAUAAACUUGAUGCUGACAGGCCGAGCUGUGGCUCACGUCUGGGACCAUGACCAGGUGGUCGGCGGCCUCCGGCUGCGCGGCAUUGAGCGGCAAAAUGAUAUAGGUUUUCUUACUAUAAUGGAGCACAUGCAGUAUUGCACUGUGGGGUCAUUCUACAAGAAUCCAAAGCAUCCUGUGUGGGUGCUAGCGUCCGAGACGCACUUGACGGUGCUUUUCUCGUUCGAGCGGCGCUUGGCGGCGCCAGAGACGGCGGGAGAGUCUGCAGAGCGGAUCUUCCGUUCCUUCGAUCCUGAGGGUAAUAAUUUCAUCCCAUCAGCAGCAUUGCAGGAUGUGCUGUGCGCUGCGGAGCUCGUGUCGGAGCCGGAGUACGUGGAGCUCAUGCGGCGCAAGCUGGACGCGGAGAACUUGGGGAUCAUCCUGCUGAGCGCGUUCAUGGAAGAGUUCUUCCCGUCUUGCGAGCGCGGUUGCCCCGACACGUUCACGCUGCACCACUACAAUGGGCUAGCGCGGAGCAACCCCGGCGGGCGGGUGGUGUACCGCGCCGGGCGCGCAGCGCUGCUCGAGUGCCACAUGCGCGCCGCCUCGGCCGACCCCAUGCUCACCUGCCUGCAGACCAAGUGGCCCAGCAUCGACCUGGUCUGGGACGAGGGCAGCUCACCCUCCCUCAACUGAGCAGCUACAUUCUAAAGGACUGUGUCGUGAGUGAACUGUGCAGACCAUAAUUUAUUUGUAAAAUAUAAUUUUACAAGCUUCCCUUCGUUCCAGCAGUUUUAAUUGUAUGCUGUGGUCACAGCUAGGAAUUGACACCAGACAUAGACCUAUUUACACGAUGGUUACGGUUUAGACAUAAAUAUUUUUUUAUUAACACUGUUCCAGUUAUUGACUGGUUGUUGUCAUGUUGUGCUGCAUAUGAUUUGUAUCAGUUUGCUUAUACCAUAGUUUAGGGACACGCUCCUAAUGAUAUACACCGUAAUUAUCUAUAAAUAAAUUUAAUUUAGCCCCGCAUAGAAUUAGGUUGUAUAUAAAUGUAAUAGUGACAUAGUAAUAAUGGGACAUGUUGAAAUUUUAUGAUGAUGACAUUGUGGAUGUUCGUGAUUGGGCGAAUGUGACGGCGGGCAGCGGCUUGCACUGUGCCCGACUGUUUCCGUCUUCUGUGACGCUUGUACUGUUUGAGAAGAGUCGGGAAUCAUUCAGACAUUGGCCAGGGUAGCCGCUGGUCGUCCGGCCUGUUUUGCUGUGCGAAUUUCUGCUGACUGCGACACGCGUUGCGAGGAAUGAGUGUGGAACUGUAUUGAUUGAUAUUUGAGAUGCUCACAAGAGACAUUUUGUUUAACUCUGUAUUUUUCAAUUUAGGUCAGCUGUGUAUAAGCAAGUUGUCAAGUUAUUCCAAGUUUUUUUUCGGAUGAAUGAUUGCCAUUUGACCUUUAAACUCAAUUAGAAAUUUCUUUUUAUGGAGUUAUAUAAAUUUAAAAUGUUUGUUUUUUAAGAUUUCCAUAACAAUCUAUUAUGAAAUAUGUUACAUAAACGCCUUCUUGAAAAGCCUUUUCGUGGCGUGUGGGAGUUAACCUCUUUUCGCUUUAUGUCUAAAUUUCUGGAAAUAACCAUCUACCCUCAGCUUUCUUAAUUCCGAUUUAGCAAUUUAGCCGUUGAUAGGCGUCGUUCUAAUAUUAGUAAUAUUGCUAGUAUUACAUAAAUAAGCAUGGAUAAUCCCUUUAUAAUUUGCUGUUUCGAUUAUUAAUAUUUUAAAAUUGGAUUUUGGUUCAUAAUUAUUUUAUUCUAUGUAUUAAGUACUUAUAAUUUAUUUUAUUAUACAAUGCUCUUUUCCUUGGGUGUAUCAACUUUGUACUGUCACUUGUUGCGGUUGUGUCGUGUUUAAAUUGACUAAACAUUAAGUUUUGUGGUAUUUAAUGGCUUGUAUCCAUUUCUACAAUGGGCCUUCUAAUGAGCACUUUAGUCCCCUGGACAACGGGACGGAAAAAAAAACACGUAAUACUUGAUUCACUUGCAUCGGGCCGAAGCGACCCGAUGCCGCAGCGAACGUGUAAAAAGCAUUUAAAUUUUUGGGCUGGUUCCUUUCUUUAUACUUUUAAUAUAAAAGUACGGUCAUUUGAUUUCUGUACCAUUUCUUACUUUGUCACAGUGACAAUGCGUGACGGAGCCUUAAUAUGAGGUCCCUAGAUGACUAGACGAGGGGGGCGGGGGGAUCGCGAGCACCCGAGCUGCAUACAUUGCUGUCAUCGCCAUUGUUAGUAACUCGGUACACGUUAAAGGCCGUCGGGAUCACUGUUACUUUUUACACUGUGCUAGCGGCUUUCACAUUCUUUGUAACUGUUACUAAGUAAGAAAUACUAGUAUCACAUGUAGUGAAUCAACUUUUUCUUGUGUCUUAUUGCCAUAGGUACGGUCACCUGGGUCACUCUUAAAACCCUGGUAUUAAAAAUAACCAAAUAUACAUAUUUAUGGCAGUUAAUAGUCCUUCCCAUAAUAGGUCAUCUACAGUUUAUUAGUAGAACGUAUUAUAAGAUUUCUUCUAACAAACUAUGCUAGUAAAGUCACCUGGAUGACAAGAUAGAAUAAUAGAAUAAGUUGAUUCACCCCUAAAACAAUUUCCUGACUGUACACAAAAAGGUAACUCUUGUUGGCAUCCUCUCAAGUUGAGUCUGAUUGUACUAAAUUGAAAUUUUUUAAGUAGUUUUAACUUUACCCUCGCAACGCCAACGCCGGUAUAUGUUGAUUUGUUAUAACACGACGCGGUAUAAUUGUUUUAUUAUAUAUUCAUAUUAUUGUCAUACGUGUUAAAAUAGGGCCACUUUAGUGUGACAAAGAUUAUACCUAUUGAAAGAUAUUUUCAGUUAGUUAUAAAAGUGUAACAUGCUUUCUUUGAUUAUA